AUGGACGGUCAGGGCAGCCAGACCCCCCAGAACCAGGGCGACUAUGGUGAUGACUGGGCCCGCGGACUUACUGCUCAGUUUGAGCAACUCAUGAGCACAAGACGUAUGAAUGACUUGCGACAAGCGCGUGCCGACAGGUUGCGGGCAGAGUCGCCGGCUCUCAGGGAAUCGUCUUCGCAUUCUAACCUGGGCUCACCCUUCUCGCCAGACCACAGCAGGCCAACCACAUCACACGGCCAAUCGCAGGGCCACUCGGCCGCUCCUCCGAUGCCACCAUCGUACUCAUCGUUGCGCCACUUGCCUUUGAUUCCAACGCAGCCCGCAGCUCAUGAUCGCGAGUCACAAAAGUUCCGCAAUCUUAUGAUUGCACUAUCAGCAACACCUACCAAGUACGAGAACCCCGGACUGCUAGACGAGGCUCUGCAGGUUAUCCCGCUAGACAGGAUCUACAGCGAGGCCGAAGAGGAGAGCCAGGUAUUACAAGCUCAAGCAGAAAGCAUGGGCGAUGGCCGGAAACCUGAAUGGGGCCACCAAGACUGCGUCAUUCGCGCAUUGCUGAGGUGGUUUAAGCGGACGUUCUUCACAUGGGUCAACAACCCGCCAUGUCCCGUCUGUCUGGCGCCGACUAUCGCUAGAGGCAUGACCCAACCAACCCCCGAGGAAAGUGCUCGUGGUGCAAUGCGUGUCGAGCUGUACGAGUGCUCCAACCAGGUCUGCAGGGCAUUUGAACGGUUCCCACGAUACAGCGAUGUCUGGCAGCUACUGCAGACGAGGAGAGGUCGUUGCGGCGAGUGGGCCAAUGCCUUUUCCAUGCUGUGCCGAGCAGUCGGUGGCAGAGUAAGAUGGGUUUGGAACGCCGAGGACCAUAUCUGGACUGAAGUAUACUCGGAUCAUCAGCAGCGUUGGAUACACGUCGACGCCUGCGAAGAGGCCUGGGAUAACCCGAGACUCUACACUGAAGGAUGGGGCAAGCAAAUGUCCUACUGCAUCGCCUUUAGCAUCGAAGGUGCUACUGAUGUCACUCGCCGCUAUGUGCGAAAGAGCGAACACGCUGCCGAGCGCAAAAGAUGCCCAGAAGAGGUUAUGCUUUAUAUAAUGCAGGAGAUCAAGCAAUUGCGGAGAGCCAACUUGAGCAAGGACCAACGCUUUGCUCUCGAGAAGGAGGACUCGAGGGAGGAUCGAGAACUCCGCGGCUAUGUCUUGGCCUCGAUCACGCAAGCCGUAACAAACAUGGUCCCAGGACCUUUCCCAAGAGUGCAAGCGGCACUGCCGGUUCCUCCCACCCGCCCACCGCCAAACCAAGUGCCUUCGAGCGACGACCACAAGCUACCGGUCGAGCAACCUGGAAGACAGAGCGGCAACGCCGAAUGGGUGGCCGCUCGUGGCGAGAAUGGCCGCAGGAACCAGCAGUUCCAGGAUCCCCAGGAUCCUUCGCGGCGAGGCUUCUAA